UUUUCAGGAGGGUGAUCCAGCGCAGAUAAACUAUAACAAACUAUUUAUAAUUGAACCUUAUACCGAAUAUCGCCUUUACAAAGAAUUUAACAUUGUAAUCGAGAUAAUGUAUGCUAAGCUGACAAAUAUAUUUGAUUGGAAAGAAGAGCCAAAACUUCUUACAGAAAUUGUAGUUUUGCGCGAGCUUAUUACUGGGUACACAAACGUUUUGGAGAUUCAAGAGACUGAAUUAAAGCCAAGAUUGGCAAAAGAAGACAAGAAACAUUCCAAUGACUCAGUGAAAAAGGGUUUAAUUGAAAGCGAGGAUGAUCAAAACACAGAUAACGUUCAAGACAAAAUUAACGAGUUAAAAAAUGAAACAAAAAGUUAUUUGUCCAACAUUUUGCUUGCUUAUGAACAAAUUUACGAUAUUAUUAUUAUCAAAAACAGAGAUGGUAAAAGCAUCAAACGUCAUACUAAUGUAAAAAAUGAGCUUCUCAAAACAUUGAAGGAAGCAAACGCUCUAAAUUCUGAGUUGAAAAAAAGUUUUGCUUCAGAAAUUUUGACUUAUUAUCAAAAUGAAUGA